UUUAAGUUAAAAAGAAAUUAGAAAAUCUCUUUCACUUUCUUUCUCUGCUGUGGAGAUCGAACUGAUAAUUGAUUAGCAGCUCUUGUACGGUGUCGCAUAAAAAAUGAUUACAAGAAGGUUUUGGCAGAGACGGGUUUGGAGCUCCGGCACGCGCUCUCUAUAUCCAUACACUCGCCCAUCCUCGUCAACGCCGGCCGCUGUAUUAACUGAGCGAAAACAUCAAUCUCUUCUCGACCUCUCUUACUAUGCUUCCGCGUCGUUUACAUUAACUAAUACAUCUGUUGAAGUGAGGAAUAGGUAUAAGGAGAAUAGAUGUUGGUUCACGAGUCAUGCUUUAGCGGAUGUUCCCAUAGGAGGAGGAGUAGUCGAUGUGCCUUUAGCGCAAACUGGUGAAGGUAUUGCCGAAUGUGAACUUCUUCAAUGGUUUGUACAAGAGGGUGAUGAAGUUGAGGAAUUCCAACCACUAUGUGAAGUGCAGAGCGACAAAGCUACUAUUGAGAUAACAAGUCGUUAUAAGGGGAAAGUCGCUCAAAUCCUUUAUGUUCCUGGAGAUAUUGUAAAGGUUGGAGAAACUCUUUUGAAAAUGGCUGUUGAAGAAUCUCUUGCUUCUAUACCAAGGGUUGAUGGUCUCAAAGAUACAAAGGCACUUGAUUUAGAGCAGGAAAAGAGUCAAAUUGGUGGAGUCUUGUGCACACCAGCUGUGCGGCACCUUGCAAAGCAAUAUGGUAUAGAUUUAAAUGAUGUCAGCGGAACUGGUAAGGAUGGAAAGAUACUAAAAGAAGAUAUACUUAAUUAUGGUAUUCAGAAGGGAGUUAUUGAAGAUUCUCCGGGCGCUUCAAAUGCUGAUUCUGGAAACCAAUUAAAGAAGGGGAAAGAGAAAAGCACUUGUACAUCAGCUGAAGUAGGGCAGCUUUAUGAUGACAAGACAGUUCCCUUGAGGGGUUUCCAACGAACAAUGGUGAAAACAAUGUCCAUAGCUGCAAAAGUUCCACAUUUUCAUUAUGUAGAAGAGAUUAAUUGCAAUGCUCUAGUGGAGCUUAAAGCAUCUUUCCAGAGUAAUAAUACUGAUCCAGGGAUUAAGCAUACUUUCCUUCCAUUAUUGAUAAAAUCGCUUUCAAUGGCACUAAGCAAGUAUCCCUGGAUGAAUAGUUGCUUCAAUGAGGAGGCCAUAGAGGUGUUAUUAAAAGGCUCCCACAAUAUUGGAAUUGCCAUGGCUACUCCACAUGGUCUUGUUGUACCCAACAUAAAGAAUGUCCAAUCUCUAUCUAUCUUAGAGAUAACGAAGGAAUUGGCUCGGUUACAACAAUUGGCACUAGAUAACAAGCUUAACCCUGAGGAUAUAACUGGUGGAACAAUAUCGCUCAGCAAUAUUGGUGCAAUCGGGGGGAAGUUUGGCGCCCCAAUCAUCAACUUGCCUGAAGUUGCCAUCAUAGCAAUUGGCCGAAUUCAGAAGGUUCCGCAGUUUGCAGAUGAUGGAAAUGUGUAUCCUGCAUCGAUCAUGACAGUAAAUAUUGGUGCGGAUCACAGAGUUUUAGAUGGGGCCACAGUUGCAAGAUUUUGCAAUGAGUGGAAACAGUUAAUUGAAAAACCAGAACUACUAAUGUUGGUUUUGAGAUGAUCUAUGCUAACUGGCGAGCUGAUAUGUUUUCAUCUCUUAUAGCAGCCUCAUUAAUGUACAUGUUAUUUAAAGGGAAAUAAACAAAAGACACAUUGUUCUCUGCAACUUACAUUCAGUGCCCAUCAAAUUCAGAAUAAAGAAUAUUAACUGUAAUUUGGUCAAA